UUCCUCCAGGGUGAAGCGAGUCCCCACCGUCAGCUUCGGUUCCUGGAGCAGCUGUUAACUUUAGUACCUGGCUGCAAGAAGGCUGCUGGAAACCGACUGGACCAAGAGAUGCUGCUGAACGAGCUCUACGCUGCUGACAAUCUGCCUCACUUCACACAGAUGCUCAAACCCACACUGGACCCCUGGCCUGCAGACAUCAAGGCUUUACGCAAGAGCACCAAGUCAGCCCCUAAGCCAAGUAGAGAGGAGGCUGCUGACGUGACCACCCUUCUACAGCUGACUCAGUCAACAUUGGAGCAGCUCCAGUCACAGUGUGAGUUCCUGAGCAGCGAGGCUCAGAGCCCCGGCGUCUUCUCCCCGAGCUCGCUGCGCGUGGCGGCAUGCGACCUCCAGCUGCUGAUGGCUGCUUUCAGCCAUGUCUUCGAAACCGACUUGAGAGCGUUCUGCAGCAGGGACCCCCCCAGCUUCAGUGCAGAGGCCGACGUCUUCCAGAGAACACACCAGCUACUGCUGGCCUUCAUCAUGGAGCUGGAAAUGCUGAAGGAAGUAUCAGAAGGUUCUGUAUCCAUGACGGAGGAAGUGAAGCAGCUCCAAACACAGUCGUGCUACCGGAGCCGAGGGGAGAAGCGCAAGUUACCGGACCAAUUGGAGGAACUCAGCAGACGAAUUCGAGACUUCUUUCCCCUGCUUCCUUCCUGAUGGGCUCCCGAGACCGUGGCCAUGAAUACCAUCCAACCAUCAGGCUGAAUGUCUGUUGACGUGAGCAAAGCACUUCACAUAGAGAGAGAGCCCCAUCUGUUGUUGUGUUUGAACUUUAAACGUCAAACGGAAUUGUGACCAAAAAGGAGUGUUUGAAGGUUAAAGGGACAGUUCACCCCAAACCAAAGCUACAUGUUUCCUCUUAUCUGCUGUGCUCUCUAUCCGUCUAGACUGUCUUGGUGUGAGUUGCAGAGUGUUUGAGAUAUCAGCUGUAGAAAUGUCUGCCUCCUCUCCACUAUAAUGGAGCUAGUUCCUACAUGAAACUUUAUCUGGAGUAACCGGGUCAUGAUU